ACAAAAUGUAGGUAUUAGAAUAAUUGGGAAGUAAUGUUUAUAGAAUUUAAUCUAAAAUUUAAAAGUAAUUUAAUGGGUGUUCCAUCAAAAUGGAAUAUCAUAGAAAAGAACUUGUAAUUACGAAAAUUGUUAACUAGUUAAUACAAUCACCGAUGCCAUUUUCUAGAAGGACAAUAAAAUUUCUAUUUUAAGUUGAUAAUGUUAAAAGAGUAUAAAAAAGAGUGAAACUAAUACAAUUUAUUAAUCAUUCUAAAGGGUGGAAAUUGAGAAGUUAAAUUACUACUGUGUGAAUAAUAUAUUCAGAGAAUAUAAAUCUAAGAUUUGCAAAAGAAUUCGAAUAUUACAUUUUAGUGAUGGAACGC